AUGGCUAAUACUUCAGUUUCUUCAAUCUCCAAUAAUACUACUACUGAUGCAUUUAUACCUAAAAAGGUAUGUCCUAUUUGUGAUAAAGUGUUUGGUCUAAAGCAUAAUUUGACUCGUCAUCUAAAGAUCCAUUCGGAAGAGAAAUCCUUUCAUUGUGCAGAAUGUGAAAUGUCAUUCGUUCGACAUAGCGAUUUAAAUAGGCAUAUGAAAAUUCAUGAUGAAAAGACACCUUACCAAUGCAGUAUGUGUUCCAAGCGAUUCACUCGCAUUGAUAACUUAAGAAUUCAUGAAACGAUUCAUCUUCGAAAUUUUACUUGUGCGAUAUGUUUACAAGUUUUCCCGAAAACGGGUGACUUGAAUAGACACCUGAAAUCUCAUGAAAGGAGCUACAAAUGUAGUAAAUGUCCUAAGAAAUUUAGUGAACUUGAUCAUUUGGAAAGUCAUGAAGCUUCCCAUCUUAAAAAUUGUAUUGAAUGUUCGGAAAUUUUUACAAGCCAAAGAGAUUUAAGAUGA